UGCACGUAUCACUGCGGAAUCCUCGCCGCCAGAUGGCGAAGGGAAGAUAGCCGGUGCAACCCCUCAGAUAAAGCCCAGCUGCAGACCAGAAGCUUCGUAAACACAGAAAAGUCUCCCAUCUAUGCAAAUUUGCGCUUUAAAACUAGCAGAGGAACAUCUACAGGAUGGUGUUGCGUUGGUUCCUGUUGGGUUCCCUCAUCCACACCUUGUAUGCACACAAUGACUUCUUCACCUCUAUAGGUCAGAUGACAGACCUACUGUACACAGAAAAGGACCUGGUGACAUCACUGAAAGAAUACAUCAAACAAGAGGAGAACAGACUAGAGCAGGUCAAAGAGUGGGCAGAAAAGCUGGAUUCACUGACAAACACAGCCAUGCAGGACCCUGAGGAAUUCCUGGGACACCCGGUCAAUGCCUUUAAGCUGAUGAAAAGACUCAACAGUGAAUGGGCUGACCUGGAGAGCCUUGUACUGAAAGACACUACCAAUGGGUUUAUCUCCAAUCUGACUGUUCAGAGAAAGUUUUUCCCAACGGACGAGGACCAGACAGGAGCAGCCAAAGCUUUGCUUAGAUUACAGGACACAUACCAGCUGUCAGCCAACACCAUCUCUAAUGGAGACCUGCCUGGUGUUGUUCAUAAGAGCCGAAUGACGGUAGAAGACUGCUAUGAGCUGGGGAAGAUUGCGUACUCUGAUGCAGAUUAUUAUCACACAGAGCUCUGGAUGGCUCAGGCCCUCACACAGCUAGAUGAAGGCGAGAAGUCCACCACAGACACGGUCACAGUCUUGGACUAUCUCAGCUAUGCCAUCUACCAGCAGGGAGAUCUAGAGCGAGCUCUCGAGCUAACCAAGAGGAUGCUGAAGCUGGACCCAAAUCACCACAGGGCCAAUGGGAACCUAAAGUACUUUGAGUUCCAACUGGAGAAGCAGAGAAAGGCAGAGGCCGAGAAGGAGGGGGAGGGUAAAAAAACAGAGAAGAAAGUAUUAGACAAACGGGAUGCUCAGAGGAAACGCUCCAAAAACCUUCUGCCAGAGAGGAAGAAAUAUGAAAUGCUGUGCAGAGGAGAGGGAGUGAAACUGACACCCCGCAGACAGAGCCGUCUUUUCUGCCGUUAUUUUGACAACGGCCAUCAUCCAAACUUGCUAUUGGCUCCAGUGAAGCAGGAAGACGAGUGGGACCGCCCACACAUUGUUCGUUAUCAUGACAUCAUCUCUGACAGUGAAAUCUUGACGGUGAAGGAGAUCGCAAAACCCAGACUCCGUAGGGCAACUAUAUCCAAUCCAGUCACGGGCGUGCUCGAGACCGCCCCCUACAGGAUCAGUAAAAGUGCUUGGCUGUCUGCAUAUGAGCAUUCUACGAUUGCAACGAUUAACCAGCGUAUCGAGGACAUCACAGGCCUGGAAAUGGACACAGCAGAGGAGCUGCAGGUUGCAAAUUAUGGAGUUGGAGGUCAAUAUGAACCUCACUUUGACUUUGGAAGGAAAGAUGAACCAGAUGCCUUUAAAGAACUGGGUACAGGAAACAGAAUUGCCACUUGGCUCUUUUAUAUGAGUGAUGUGUCAGCAGGGGGCGCUACUGUCUUCCCAGAUGUAGGAGCAGCAGUGUGGCCUAAAAAGGGUACAGCAGUAUUCUGGUAUAACCUUUUUGCCAGUGGAGAAGGAGACUACAGCACAAGGCAUGCUGCCUGUCCAGUAUUAGUAGGCAAUAAGUGGGUAUCAAACAAAUGGAUACAUGAACGUGGUCAAGAAUUCAGGCGACCCUGUGGCCUGAUUGAGAUGGAAUGAUCCUCUUCCACUUUUCUUCCUCUGGUUAAGUGUAAAUGUAGCUUGGUUUGGGAUGAGUGUCAGUACAGGGUGUGAAUGAUCAACCACCUUCAUAUCUUUUUUUUUUUUUAACUAAACAUAUUUUAGUUAUUUAUUUAGGGUUGAUUUUUAACUACAUAUUUUGCUUAUGCACUUUCUUCUCUUAAACGCCAACAAACUCUAUAGUUCUCUAAAAUAAAGAUUGGUUGUACAAGUCCUUUGUUUAACCACUGAACACUCCAGACACCAUGAACUCUCCACAAUAAUCGACAGUUAAUGUCACUCACUGUUACAGAGAACACGCAGAGCUUGUCAGAGACUGACCUCUUAAGACCGAAAAUAUGUUACUUCAAACAAAUCCCUGAUAAUAACCAAACACCACAGUGUUGGGUAAUGUGGUUACAGCAAUACCAAAGAGUAUUUUAUUCCUGGAGCCAAUGCAAAAAAUACUUUUAUUGUAAUGAACUUUUGUGUGUGUGGAAAUGUUUUUUUGGGAGUGUAACUGUUUUCUACAGAAAUAAAUUCUAUGCCAUCAAAAAGCUUCAUUUGUUUGACCCA